UAAACAAACUUCCCGGUUAAAGAAUCAAUCCCGAAGAAAAAACGUUUAAACUUUUCGUCUAAACGUUUAAACUUAUCGACACACUUUUACCUUCAGAUAAUAAAUCAAACACAAUCUCGGUGCCGUCACGACGAAACUUCCGCGUUGUCGUCAAGGUGACGUCAUUGUCCGGACCCCCCGCAGGUUUGAGAGAAGGAGAGAAGGAGAAGAGGAGAAGAGGAGGUUCUGUUCCUGCUCGAGGAAGGAGAAAACACACAGCAGCCAUGAGUCAGCGGACGGAGCGACGGGGGAUACACGUGGACCAGUCUGACCUGCUGUGCAAGAAGGGAUGCGGUUACUAUGGCAACGCGGCAUGGCAGGGCCUGUGCUCCAAGUGCUGGCGGGAGGAGUACCAGCGGGUGCGGCAGAAACAGAUCCAGGACGACUGGGCCUUGGCAGAAAAGCUGCAGCGAGAGGAGGAGGCGGCGUACGCCAGCAGUCACGGAGCGCAGACGCACCCCCAGUCUGCAGCGCCGGCGCCGCAGCCUCACCCCGGACACGCCUCCCUGGGACCCUUCUCCAAGUUUGAGGAGAAAAAGACGAAUGAGAAGACGCGGAAAGUGACGACGGUGAAGAAGUUCUUCAGCCCGUCAUCUCGCACCGCCCCGAAGAAAGAAACCCAGGAGGGAAAGACUCCAAGUCCGUCCAUUAGCCGCCAUGCGAGCUUCGAUACGGAUCAGGUGUCGAAGGACUUUGUGGAGUUCCUGAAGAACCUCCAGAAGCCCGGACGGGAGAUCCACAAGCAGUGCCGAACCUUCAUCGUGAACAUGUCGAGCAAGAAGGACCUCGGCGCCGACGAGCUGUCGGAGUGCGUUCAGGAUUUCUACCAGAACAUGGCGGACCGCUUGAUGAGCCACUUUAAAGGUUCUUCGGAGUCCGUGGAACAGGUGAUGGACCAGGUGGAAAAGUACAUAAUGAGUCGUCUGUAUAAGAGCGUCUUCUGUCCCGAAACCACCGAUGACGAGAAGAAAGAUCUGGCCACGCAGAAGAGGAUCAGGGCGUUACACUGGGUGACCAUCCAGAUGCUGUGUGUGUCUAUGGACGAAGAAAUCCCAGAAGUCUCUGAGAAUGUGGUCAAAGCAAUAACAGAUAUCAUUGAGAUUGACUCGAAGAGGGUUCCUCGGGACAAACUCGGGUGCAUCACUCGCUGCAGUAAAAACAUCUUCAGCGCCAUCAGGAUCACGAAGAACGAGCCGGCCUCGGCGGACGACUUCCUCCCGGCGCUCAUUUACAUCGUGCUCAAAGCCAACCCUCCGCGACUGCAGUCCAACAUCCAGUACAUCACCCGCUUCUGUAACCCCAGCAGACUGAUGACCGGAGAGGACGGCUACUACUUCACCAACCUGUGCUGUGCGGCGGCGUUCAUCGAGAAGCUGGACGCUCAGUCUCUCAAUCUCUCCCCAGAGGAAUUCGAGCGCUACAUGUCGGGCCAAGCCUCGCCGCGGUUCAACAGCUCGGAGGUAGACUGGCCCCAGACUGGCCCGGCGCCCGGCGUGGCCCCCGCCAACCCCGUCCUGGCUCAGCUCAACCACAACCUGGAGCUGCUGUCGGGGCUCAGCAGCCGGCAGGAGACGCUGAUGGAGGCGGCUCAGAGUCUGCAGGCCGACCUCCUCUCCUGGCCGGAGGGCGUUCAGCGCGAGGUGCAAGACAUCCUGGAGAAAUAUCCUCUGGAGAUUGUGCCUCGCAAAGCUUCUGCCAUCGACGCCAACAACAUAGACAACGACAACCUGCCGCCGCCGCUCACGCCGCAGGUGUUCGCUGGGUAGCGGGCGUCUAAAAAGGGAGGAAAAACAUGUCACACACGGCAACGGUACUCCGCACUGAACGCCAUCUCGCUACGUGUGUUCUGCACUUUAAACGCCUCGUCACACCCGUGUUUAUAUUCAGUGGUUCCCAACCUGGAGGUCAAAGCUCCACCGGGGGGGUCGCAACGCCUUCUUAAUUUUAAAGGGUGUAAGAAAACUAAUAUACACAAUAGGCCUGUAAUUCAGCAUUUUGUUCAUUUAUGU